ACUACUACUACUAAUAAUAAUUAUAAUACUACUACUACUACUACUAAUACCUCUACUACUACUACUACUACUACUACUACUACUAUGUGAAUAUUAAUAAUAAUGCCUAAGAAUUGUUGCAAAAACAGCUGCAGUAGUAGUAGUAUUUAUAUUACUAAUUGUAGUAGUAGUAAUAGUAAAAGUAGUAGUUCUUGCUGUUAUAUUGUUACUAUGAUUGCUAUCAGUAAUAUCACACACACACACACACACACACACACACACACACACACACACACACACACACACACACACACGCACACAGAGUUGUAGUAGUAGUAGUAGUAGUAGUAGUAGUACUAGUAGUAAUAGCAGUAGUAAGUGUAGAAGCAAUAGUAAUUUUAAUAAUUUAAUCUAAUUUAAUUAUUUGAUUAUUUUUACUUACUUAUUUAUUUAUUUAUUUUAUUUAUUUUAUUUAUUUUUUUUUGUGGAUAUGAGUGUGUUCGUUGGUUGAACAAGACCCUGUAUAUCAAGUAGACCUUUGUGUGUCGCUCAAGUACCGAACGGCCUGGAAACAUUGAGCCAAAGGGACGCCGCUCAGUCUGCAGCCAGUGUGGCGGCGUAUCUUGUGUGGUGCGCGUGUGUAUCGCAUUGUGUUCCUCCUCAAAGACUUAGUGGUGGUCAAGAUAACCAGGAUUGGCCAAGCCCUCCCUGAAGUGUGCUACCAGUAGUGUACCAGGCAACCCACACGUGCGUUCAAGUCAGCGACCACUAUGGCACCGUCACAGUCGGUCACCUGCCCCUCCCACAGCAGCGCCGGGUCGUGGUAGGGCGAGUCGACCGGUGGGAUAUACAUGGCGCCAAGCCUCAUCCCAGGGCAGCAGGACAGCUCGACCCAUAAACAGUUGGGCAAAACUAUAAUGUCAGAAGUAAGAGUAAGCUGUGAAGGAAGAACAUCUGUCAUAAAGUGUUACUGGAGGUACGAAAAUGUCAAAGAAGUGCAAAGACAAUUCAGAAGACACUUUGACAGGGAUCCACCAAGAAACAGUUGGGCAAAAUAAUAAUGUCAGAAGUAAGAGUAAGCUGUGAAGGAAGAACAUCUGUCAUAAAGUGUUACUGGAGGCACGAAAAUGUCAAAGAAGUGCAAAGACAAUUCAGAAGACACUUUGACAGGGAUCCACCAAGUACUCGCUCCCCAAGCCGCUGCCUCCCAUGGGACGGAGCACCCACCUCUCCAUACUGUGGACACCCACACCCACCACCUCGACCCCCCGGCCAGCUAUCACCAGGACCCACCGCCCCAUGCCUGACUCAGCCUUGAGGGAGUUUGGGCAGUGGGUGACACAACACCCGUGGACCGAGGUGCUGGAUGUGGAGGACGUCCACUCAAAAUGGCACAAUUACGUCGCCACCACCAAAGAAGCCUUCCACCGCUACUUCCCAGCCGAGAGCGUCACAGUGCACACAUCUGAUGCCCCCUGGAUGACGCCCCGCAUUAAAAGACUCAUGCAUCAGCGGACGUGGUCGUUCCACUCCUGCCCGGACCUAUACAGGAAGCUAAAAAACAGAGUGAUCAGGGAGAUUAAGGCUGCCAAGUCAAGCUAUUACCCGGACAAGAUACACCACUUCAAGCAGGCCAACAACAGACAGUGGUUCGCUAGCAGCAAAGCUUUGUGUGGCCUACAAAAGCACACUUCAUCUCUUCCUUGCACCUCACACCUUCCUGCUAAUCUCGCGGCUCAGGAGAUGAACGACCACUUUGCCGCUAUCUGUCACACCUGCCCUCCCCUCCACACCACUCCACUUCCUGCCCAUCUUCCCGCUCCCUCCCCUCCCUUCACUGUCCAGGCGAUAGAUGUUUUUAAGAGGAUACUUAAAGAUACCAAGAUACCAAGAUACCAAGGAUACUUAAAGAUACCAAGAUCCACCACACCCACUGACCUUCCCAUAUGGGAAGAGCCAGCAACACCGCUAUGCCCCAUAAUAAACGCCUCUCUUUCCCAACACUCUUGCCCCGCGGACUGGAAGACGUCUUACGUCUCUCCCAUCCGCAAAGCUACCAGUCCACAGUCCCUCGGUGACCUAAGGCCAGUCUCUAUCACCCCCAUCCCUAGCUUUAUUUGUGAAGAUUUUGUGUAUGACUGGGCCUACACCAAAACUUGUUAUACCGUGGAUAUCAGACAGUUUGGAAAUAUUAAAGCCACCCCCACUUCCCAUUACCUGACCAGCUUCCUUGACUUCAUCCACAGCCACCUGGACAAGCGAAACACCUCUCUAGCUGUUGCCUUUGUGGACUUCAAAAAGCCUUUGAUCUUGUUGAUCACUUUGUUUUCUUCAGCAAGGCAAUAAGUCUUGCUCUCCCUUCCAACCUGGUAGCGUGGCUAGCCAACACCCUCUCAGGGAGGCGUCAGGCCGUUCGCUAUCAGGGCUCUGUCUCUAAUAUCCAACAGCUGACAUGUGGGGUCCCCCAGGGAACCAAGAUGAGCCCACUAUGCUUCCUCCUCCUCAUUAACGACGCCCUCACUGACACCCCCAUGGCUGGAAGUAUGUGUACGACUGCACCGUGGGCGUCCCAGUCUCCAACAGGAACACGGACUACUCGCCACUGCAAGUCAUUUUGGAGCGACUGCAGACAUGGACGGAGGAGAGCAGGAUGACCAUCAACCACAGCGAAACUGUGGUGAUGCAUUUCUGUACCUCCUCUGUACCAGUGCCCCCUCCCCAGCUCACAGUGGGCCCUCACCC